AUGCAGCAGAUGUAUGCUGUUAGACCGUAUCUGAACUUUCAUGAAAAUAUGCGUCCUUCUGACGUGAUGUAUCCAGUAAAGAAUUAUCAUGCUGUUCUCCCUACUGGUGGUGGUGUCAAAUUUGCAAUGGAAGAAAGUUUGAGGGAAAUCAUCAACAGAAAUCAGCUGAAACUCGUUGAACAGCUUACAGCAUUUAUUGAUGAUUUGAAUAAGACAUUAGUAAACUGUUCUUCAUCUUCAGUAAAAAUUAAGACAACAUUUAAAGAAUCGAAGGCCAUCCCUAGUGUUCUGCAACAACAGUUUGCAUUCAGGAAGAGUAAAGUCAAUACUUUAUCAAAAGAGGAAAUAGGUGCAUGCUGUUCUCCAACACUAACUGUUUUCAAAACCGUAAAAUAUCCCACGAGUAGGAUCACACUUGUUGGCGAUAUUGAACAGCUGUGGUUGAAAAAUUUAGCGAAAGUUACUAUGGGAACUUCGAUACGGUUUGAAGGAUUAAAUGAUGGAAUCAGUGCACCACGUUGUACUGUUAAACUGCAACCAUCUAGUAAUAAAAAAUUCGUUGCCGAAAUAAAUGGUACGAAGGUGUCAGAGCAUAUUUCAGUUUGGAAGUUACUUGGUACACUGACUUCUCUUUAUCCAACGGCUUCGGAGCAUGCAGAUAUUUGUACUCACAUGGAUUACUGGUUACAAUUGAUAGAUGAUGUGCUAUUGAACAGACGUAGUGAAAAUAAUUUAUGUCGUCAAAUGAGUAUUGCUUUAAGCCAUCACGAUUAUCUGGUUCCAAAUGUUGCUGCAACGCUAGUUGAUGUUCUUGCAUAUUCUGUUAUUAGAAAACAGUCAUAUUAUUCAAAUAAUGUUGAGUUGUGGUUACUGCGUAUGGAUAAAUUGUUCUGUAGAUGUAAUCGCACUUCUAAUUUUGUAGUUGAUCUUACCUAA